AUGGAGAACACGUCUCUCGGCAACGAGUAUGGGGAUUACGGCGACAUUCCGGAUCUCCCGGUGGACUGUGCUGAUGGCUCCUGCGUCUCCGUCGACCUCCUCCACGCAACCCCACUCCUGCUGUAUGCUGCCGUCUUCCUGGUGGGGGUGCCGGGCAAUGCCAUGAUGGCCUGGGUGACCUGGAAAGAGGCCCGCCAGAGGGUCAGUGCCAUCUGGUUCCUCCAACUGGCCGUGGCGGACCUGCUCUGCUGCCUGUCUCUCCCCAUCCUGGCAGUGUCGGUCGCUCACAAGGGCCAUUGGCUGUACGGGGCAGUGGGCUGCCGGACCCUGCCCUCUGUCAUCCUGCUGUCCAUGUAUGCCAGCGUCCUCCUCCUGGCCACUCUCAGCAUGGACCUCUGCCUGCUGGCCCUCAGGCCCAUCUGGUGGGGUGCAGCUGGGCGGGCAUGCAGGGUACGGGCAGCCUGUGGGGCAUGCUGGGGGCUGGCCCUGCUGCUCACCGUGCCCUCGGCCGUCUACCGCCGGCUGCAUCAGGAGCAUUUCCCACGCCGGCUGGAGUGUGUGGUGGACUACGGUGGCUCGACCCUGGCAGAGAACUCAGUGACGGCCAUCCGGUUUAUUUUUGGCUUCCUGGGGCCACUGGUGGUCGUGGUCAUCUGCUAUGGUGCCCUCCUGUGUCAUGCUACCCGACGCUGCUGGCCACUGGGCCUGGCCGUGGUGGUGGGGUUUUUUGUCUGCUGGGCCCCCUACCAUGCGCUGGGACUGAUAAUCACCAUGGCGGCCCCACACUCCACACUCCUGGCCCAGGCCCUGCGGGCUGAACCCUUGGUGGUGGGCCUGGCUCUUGCUCACAGCUGCCUCAAUCCCAUGCUUUUCCUCUAUUUUGGGCAGGCUCAACUCCGCCAGUCUCUGCCAGCUGCAUGUCGCUGGGCCCUGAAGGAGCCACAGAGUGAGGAUGAAAGUAUGGUCAGCAAGAAAUCAACCAGCCACGACCUGGUCUCAGAGAUGGAAGUGUAG